UUAUAUUUAAUUAAGGAUGAGAAAAAAUCGAAGCGUAGAGCGCAUGAAAUACUUCGUAGAGAAAGGUAUGGUGAGCAAAUAAAUAAAAGACGCCGAGUAUUGAACAUGGAAAGUGUAAAAGAAGACCAAGAAGCUACCAUUGAUUAUGAGGAUGAAGUAUAUGAGAAGCUUGAUGUUCGUGACCUUGAAUUCUCCUUGAUGAAUAAUUUGAAACAACUAAGGUCAAGAGCACAUGCUUUAUCAGAGGAAGAAAUACAAAUGGUCAAGUUAAUUUUAUGUUCAUCUUUAUAUCCCCAGUUGGCUAUUGGUGAUGAGCAUAAUCCUUAUAGAAAGAGUAAUGAGAUUGUAUUUCAUACAUCAGCAAAAAGCUUUCUGUCUAUACAUCCCAGUAGUGUUAUUGCAUCUCAUCCUGAAUGGGUUCAAGAAUUAGAAAAAGAGCUUAGAAAAGAUGAUAAAACAGUAGAAGAAGCAUUAUAUCAUCAAUUAUUAUGUUAUUUACAACUAUUAGAAACAAAUAGGCCCUUUCUUGUUAAUAUCACUCGAGUACCAGGCAUACAUGUAUUGCUUUUGUUUGGCAAAAUUAUUGAUUUAAAUUAUGACUGUAGUGUUAUUGUAGUUGAUUCAUACUUUGUAAUCAGAUUUCGAACAACUCAAGUAGCAGAGUACGUUAUUUAUUUAGCUUAUCAACUUCGAUUAGAAUGGGAUCAAUUGUUAAAUCAAAGAAUUAGAUCUGGACUGGGAAAGGUUAUAUAGAUAGAAACAUUUAUAAAAUACAUAUUUGUAUACGUAUAUUCAUUUUGUAUGUAUAUCUACUUGUUAGGGAAGAAUUGAAUCUCUAGAAGAAGAAGAAGAAAAAGAGGAAGAAGUUAUCAUUAGUUCAUCUAUAAGAAAAAAAAUGCCUCUUACAAUCCAGCAAAUAUUAGAUGAA